CCCUCCCGGGCGUCAGCACCGCCCGCCGGGCGCGGCCCCGCUUCCCCAGCGCCCCAAGGGGCUCCGGCCGCAGUUCGAGGGCGGGUGACUCGGAGGCCCCUGACCACCAAGGCCGGCCCCUUCCUGCCAGCCCCGCUCGCCGCGAUCCGCUCCAGGAAGUGCCGAGCCGAGCGAGCCGGCCGCGUCCGCGUCCCCAUCCCGUCCCGUCCCGUCGGCGGGGCUGGCGGCCCCCAGGCCACAGCCAGGAAUGCGCGCGCCCCGGGCCCCGGGCCCCCAGCCCCAGCUGCGGGCGGCAUGAUCCGACGGGCCGGGGCGCCCACGCUCCGGGACCCCGCGGGUCCUGUUCCAGAUGCCGGUGAGGAUCAGGGAGAAGAGGAGGAAGAGGAGGAGGAGGAGGAGGAAGAGGAGAAGGAGGACGGCCCAGGUCCUUGCCUGCCCCUCAGCCUGAAGAAUUGUCUUUCCCGCCGGGGUAUCAGCGUCCUGGAGAAGCUGGUGAAGACCUGCCCCGUGUGGCUGCAGCUGGGCCUGUGCCGGGCCGAGGCCACCAGGAUCCUGCAGCGCCAGGCGGCCGGGGCCUUUCUGGUGCGCAGGGACGGCGGCCUGAAGCUCCUGGUGCUCUGUGUCCACGUCCCCAGCCCGAGGGACAGCGUGUCCAAGGUGCUGGAGUACCCCAUCCGAGAGGAGAGGUCCAUCCUGUACCUGGAAGGCUCCGUCCUGGUGUUUGAGGACAUCUUCAGACUGGUCGCGUUCUACUGUGUCAGCAGAGAUUUGCUGCCCUUCACGCUGAGGCUGCCCCAGGCUGUCCUGGAGGCCAAGAGCUUCGCCGACCUGGAGACCAUUGCCAACCUGGGCCUGAGUCCCUGCAGAGCUCCGUGCCCUGAACUCUGUUUCCCCAGAGCUCUGCAUGCUGGGAAGAAACCAGAGAGCUGGUCAGCACCCGUGUUCUUGCGAGACCCGCAGUCCAGCCCAGGACCUCCAUUCUCCUCACUCCUGUUGGUCCCGUCGGGCACCGGCUUCUGGGAUUCCUCGCUGAACCCCCGCUCAGGAGGUGAGAACUCCGGAGAGCCCCUCAGGGAGCUGGCCCCCAGUGCCACGCCUGCCGCCCAUCCUGCCAGCUGCCCCUGUGAGCUCCAGCUGGCCCUGGGCGCCGACCGCCUGUGGUUCGUGAACCCCGUCUUCAUCGAGGACUGUGGUGCCACCCUGCCUGCCGAGAGCGGCCCCAAGUGCCUGCCGCCCCCCGCCCCCCAGCCUACCUCCCCCACCUCCAGGUGGGCUCCCCGGCGUCCUGCGCCCCCACCCCCGCCCUCAGGCCAGGCCCGGCCUCCUCCAUCCCCUGCACCUGCUCAGACAGGUCCUGUGCUUGGCCCCCACACCGCUGUCCCUAGCCCUCCUGAAGCCCUGCCCCCCAUACCCCCAGCGCCUGACCCCCACCUGGUCCUCCAUGCCCCCGGCCUCGUGGAGCAGCAGAGCCAGCCGCCCAUGACGGCCUGUGAGAGGCUCUCAGGACCCUUCUCGGGCCUGGGCCCCCUCAGGGAGGAAGAAGUGAAGAUGGGGGCCACCCCAGGCCCCCCAAAGCAGGCUCCAGUCCCUCCAGUCCCUGCCAAGAAGAAUGUCCCCGCGGCCCCUCCCCGCCGCCGUGUCUCGGAGAGGCUGAGCCUGGAGGAGCCGGGUGCAGGGAAGGUGGAGGCCGAGGGGGCCUGGCCGGGUGUCUCCAGCCUGCCGCCCCAGGACACCGCAGGCACCCCAGGGGAUGGGCUGCAGAGGACCCCGGAGCCCGGUCAGGAAGUGGCAGCUGCAGCCGGGGACCCGGACAGCGCGCCGGAGCAGGCCAGGAAGAUGCGGCCACCCCCCGUCCCGCCCCCUCGGAAGAAGAGGGUUUCUAGGCAGCUGGCCUCCAUGCUCCCGAGUCCCCUAGAGAGCCAGGAGCUCUGCACGGAGGCGGCGGCCCCCCAGAAGCCGCCACCCAGCCCUCCGCAGAGAAGCCGGAGCCCCGCGCCACAGGCCCUCACCCAGAGCCCGCAGGCUGGCGCCCAGCCCCACAGCACGGCCGAAUUCAAGGGCUCCCUGGGCUCCCUGGCCACCGACCAGGACUCCUACUCCACCAGCAGCGCUGAGGAGGAGCCCGAGCCGCCCGGCGUGAGGAAGAAGCCAUCCCUGCUGCUGGGCCGGGCGCGUCACCGCCUCAGCCUGGCCAGCUUCAGCAGCGCGCUGCAUGCCCUGCUGCCCACCAACCGCAAGCUGUACCGGCGGGUGGUGGAGCUGGCCCAGGACCGCGCGGCCUACUUCGGCAGCCUGGUGCAGGACUACAAGGCCUACAGCCUGGACAUGAUGGCGCGCCAGGCCUCCAGCACCGAGCUGCUGCAGGAGAUCCGUACCAUGAUGACGCAGCUCAGGAGCUACCUGCUGCAGAGCACGGAGCUGCGCGCCCUGGCGGAGCCCCUGCCGCACUCGGAGGACGAGCUGGGAGCCAUUGUGGAGUCCGCCCUGUACAAGUGCGUCCUGAAGCCCCUGAGGGGAGCCAUCAACUCCUGCCUGCGCGAGAUCCACGCCAAAGACCGCUCUCUGCAGCAGCUGCACGACAACCAGCUGGUGAUCCUGGCCACCACCACCACCGACCUGGGCGUGACCACCAGUGUGCCCGAGGUGCCCGUCAUGGACAAGAUCCUGCACAAGUUCACCAGCAUGCACAAGGCCUACUCUCCCGAGAAGAAGAUCUCCAUCCUGCUCAAGACCUGCAAGCUCAUCUAUGACUCCAUGGCCCUCGGCAACCCAGGGAAGCCUUACGGGGCAGACGACUUCCUGCCGGUGCUCAUGUACGUGCUGGCCCGAAGCAACCUCACAGAGAUGCUUCUGGAUGUGGAGUACAUGAUGGAGCUCAUGGACCCCGCCCUGCAGCUGGGGGAGGGCUCCUACUACCUGACCACCACCUAUGGAGCCCUCGAGCACAUCAAGAACUACGACAAGAUCACGGUCACCCGGCAGCUGAGCGUGGAGGUGCAGGACUCCAUCCACCGCUGGGAGCGCAGGCGCACUCUCAACAAGGCGCGGGCCUCCCGCUCCUCCGUGCAGGACUUCAUCUGCGUGUCCUACCUGGAGCCCGAGCGGCAGGCGCGGACACUGGCCACCAGGCCCGACACCCCCGCCGCCACGCUGUGUGCCUUGUGCGCGGAGAGGUUCGCGGCCGCCCGGCCACAGGAGCAGAGGCUCUUCGUGCAGGUGGACGGACGGCGCUUCCAGCUGGCGGAUGACGCUCUGCCCCACCGCUUCAAGGCCCACCUGCUGCAGGUCCAGCCCCGCCGCGACUUCCACUUUGUCUACGGUCCGCUGGAUGACGGCCCGCCCUGCCCCGUCCUGCGGGAGCCCCAGGCCCUGUGACCGACAGCCGGUCCUGCCUGGACGUGGGGCCGAGGCUGGACAGGAGGGUCCUGCCCGGACAUGGGGGCCGAGGCUGGACGGAAGGGUCCUGCCUGGACACGGGUCUCUCCAACCCCCCUGCCCACUCAACCUGCAGUCUUUUGUUCUGCUUGGGGGAGCUCAGUUUUCACAGGACUGUCCCCAGAACCCCUGGCCUGACUCCUGCCGCUUCCCCAGGCUCCAGGGUGGAGCCCAGACACCUGGGACCCGCUCAGCUUCUACCUGGCGCCUCUGUCCUGAGGUGCAGCCAGCACCCCUCGCACCUCUGCCCAGCCAGCUGCCUUGCCAAGCUCAGCCACACCCAGGACUGGUGGUGGGUGUGGGCUCUGGGUGGGGGAAAUGAAUAAAAGCCUUUUGGUGGAAAACAAA